AUGGAAAUUGCGGAUACCUACUACAGUAAAGAUGAAUACGCUUCGGGAAACAAAGUCAGUCGACAUACGGUGCUCUGCGGAUCCCAGAACAUCGUGCUCAAUGGCAAGGUGAUCGUCCAGAGCGGCGCCAUAAUCCGCGGAGAUUUGGCUAAUGUCCGGACGGGAAGAUACUGUGUAAUUGGCAGGGACUCCGUCAUCCGACCGCCGUACAAACAGUUCAGCAAGGGAAUCGCCUUCUUCCCCAUGCACAUCGGCGAUCAUGUCUUCGUGGGCGAAGGAGCCGUCGUCUCAGCGGCCACUAUUGGAUCCUGUGUUUAUAUCGGCAAAAAUGCCAUUAUUGGCCGUCGCUGUGUUCUAAAAGACUGCUGUGUGAUUGAGGAUGGUGCUGUUCUGCCGCCAGAGACAACGGUGUCCAGCUACAUGCGAUACACGGCCAAGGGAACCAUCGAGGGUGGCCAGGGGAAUCCGUACUUUGUGCCCGCCGCCAUGCAGGAUGAGAUGAUCAACUACACAAAGUCAUUCUACGAGCAUUUCGUGCGAUCACCGGCACCAGCCAGCUGAAAAAUAUAGGUGUAGAAAUAAAUAUUGGUACGAUAUUACAAUAACCACUAUCAAUUGCUUAGAAAAGUCCUUAAAUCUUUUAUUUAACAUUUGUCGAAGCGACAAGAUAGUUUUAUACCUAUUUAUAUUGGAAUAAAUGAAAUUAACUAAA